GCUAAUGGAGCACAGACGCUAUGAAGUCCUAAUGCAUGUUAACACUCAGCUGCUGUUAAACUCAGCUGAAGGAUUCAUCGAGUGAUGACCACAUUUGAGAUCUGGUGUGGUACUGCUUGUUGGUUCAUGACCCCGCAGGCAGCUCUGAAACCUUCAGAGAAACAUGUUUUGUCUCCGGCUGCGACUGCUGCUCCAGCCUGUGACUCGGGUCUCUGCUGUUUCCCGGCUGAGCGCACACAAACUGGCCUCCCUACAGAGUGUCACAAAGCUCUCCCCAAACAAAGUCCAAAGCUUACUCUACCCCUUCAGUGAGCUGGAUGCAUACCUGGACAGGUCCGUGGACACGACGCAGUUCCAGCUCUUCCAUCCCAGUGUGGAGGACAUGAUUAAAGCAGAAAAGCUUUUCUGCUCUUCACCAUCUCAUAUCAUUGAUUACUACAUCUCUGCAGAGAGGAUGGACCACAUACCUGCGCUGCGCCAGCCAGAGGUUUGUUUCAUCGGCAGAAGUAAUGUGGGCAAGUCGUCUCUCAUCAAAGCUCUGUUCUCCCUGACGCCUGAGGUCGAAGUCAGAGUCUCCAAAACUCCAGGUCACACAAAGAAGAUGAACUUCUUCAGAGUGGGGAAAGCUUUCACCAUCGUGGACAUGCCAGGCUAUGGGCACAGAGCACCCAAAGACUUUGUGGAUAUGGUAGAGCCAUAUCUUUACACGAGGAAAAAUCUUGUAAGGACAUUCCUGUUGGUUGAUGGCAGUGUUGGUCUUCAGAAGGCCGACCUCAUCGCCCUGGAGAUGUGUGAGGAUAUCAAACGUCCAUAUGUGAUAUUGGUGACAAAGAUUGACAAAUGUGGGCAGGGGACACUGCUGACAAACCUAUUUAAUCUUCAGGAAGUGGUUAAAACACAGACUUCAUGCUGCUUUCCACAGCCAUUUCUGGUCAGCUCCCUCCGGUUUCUAGGAAUCUACCUCCUGAGAUGCUUCAUUUCCCAUCUCACAGGCAGCAUCAAGUUAACGAACACCUCUCAGAGCUGAUCAGAGGUCAGCUUAGUCUCCAUGAGUGAGGUCUGGAAUCCUUCUCUUUAAUCUCUUCCCAACAGCAGAUAAUGGGAAUACUGAAGAUUUAACAGCACUUUUAAUGUAUUUUAUGACUCAGUGUGUGUCUAAUAAUGGACAAUGUGGGCUGGAGAGAGUUUUGACUGAUGUACCACCUCCACUGUCUACAUACUGCUACAAAAUAGCUGAAGAUGCUUUU